AGAGGGACGAGGGAUGCAGAUCGGGGACCGAGCUAGAAAUCCAAUACAGAACCCGGGAUAAUAAACAGCACGCAGGCAUUGUUGUUGGAAACAAUAUGGAAGUCGACGCAGGGUACACGCGCAUAAGAUACGUUUAUGUGAGGUGAAGCUUUAACAAAGCAUUUGAAUAUUUAUUGUUGUUUAACGAUAAGUAAUGUGGCGGGUGGAAAUGAGCAGGUCUGCAGCUAUUCUGCUGUGUCUUUUGGGCUGCAAUGUCUGGAAAGCGGUGACCAAGACCUUACAAGAGGGCAACGAAGAUAAAGAGGUCACUCUGAAAGUCCACCUGAGCGAUGCCAGCACCCACCAGCCCAUAUCCGGAGCCACCAUCAAAAUCUUCUCCAACCAGACUUCCAUCGCCACGGAAACCUCAGGAACAGACGGCAACGCGUUCAUCAAAUUUCACUACAGGGUCGGCACCCUGUUGAUCGUCACGGCAACCAAGCAGGGCUACGUGCCAAACUCCGCCCCGUGGAGACCAACCAGAUUACCUGUCUUCUCCUCCCUCAGCCUGGACCUGCUGCCCGAGAGGGCGGCCACGUUGAUGGUGUAUGAGGACGUGGUGCAGAUCGUCUCUGGGUUUCAAGGUUCGAGGGUCCAGCCCUGGGUGCAGUUCCAGCGGAGAGCCCUGAGCCUGCCGCCCAACGCCACGUACACCAACCUGACAGCCCUCCUGACCGUGGCCGGUUCGACCGAGGAAGUGGACCAUUUCCCCUACUUGCAGGGACUGGGCGGCAAUGAGACGGGGAAUGACAGAUUAGAGCUGACCCCUGUCACAGCCAUCAGUAUCCACCUGCUGGACAGCGACGGGCGCGAGCUGCAGGUCAGCCAGCCCAUCAGCGUCAGCGUCCCGCUGUCCCCCAACAUCGGCCUGAAGGAGAAUGACCACAUCCCCGCCUGGAGGUUCGACCCCAAACUCGGGACCUGGUUGAAGAGCAGCCUGGGCUACGUGCAGAAGCAGGCGGGACAGCUCACUCUCACCUACAUCGCACCCCAGCUGGGCUACUGGGUCGCCGCGAUGUACCCUCUCACCACAGCCGUUCCCCCAAUUAACGGCACGCAGGAGGAGGAGAAGAGAGGCGUGGCAGGCAGCGGGGACACCUCAGGUUCAGUGGUGGCGAAGGACAUCAGCACCUAUCACACGGUCUUCCUUUUGGCCAUUCUCGGGGGCAUCGCUGUGAUCCUCCUCUUCCUGCUCUGCCUGCUGCUCUACUACUGCAGGAGGAAGUGCCUGAAGCCACGGCAACACCACCGUAAGCUGCAGCUGUCCUCGGCGCUGGACGGCUCCAAGAGGGACCAGGCCACCUCCAUGUCCCACCUCAACCUGAUCAGCGAGGUGCACCUGGAGCUGGUGUCGACCAGCGCCGAGCCGGACAUGCGCACGCCCAUGCUCAAGCCGUCCUACGACGACUCGUCCCGCGAGGACCUGCUGUCCCGGCACGAGCCGGCCGACAGGGGCCGGGGCUCGCUCAACAACCUCACGUCCCGCGCCAGCCUGCUCAAGGACUACCACAAAUCGGUGGAGACGUUCCCGCUGAAGGAGCCCUCGGAGGGCUACGAGUCGCCCGCCCGCAAUGACUGCCGGGCCAGCUACAGCUCCGCCUCCUCCCAGCAGCUGCUGGAAAAGAGGGACCAGCAGGUGCAGGCGUCCGUUGGCCGCCUGUCCGCCGACAGCAAAGGCAGCGUCCACGAGGCCGGCUACCAGCCUCCGGGGACGCCCGACAAGGGCCAGCCGGCGGACAGGAGGCCAGCGGACUACCUGCUGUCCCGGUCGGUGGACCACCUGGAGAGGCCCACCUCCUUCCCCCGACCCGGGCAGCUCCUCUGCUGCAGCUCCGUGGACCAGAUGACGGAGGGCGCCUACAGGAAGGUGCGCCCCACGCUGGUCAUCCCCGCUCACUACAUGAAGCUGCCCGGGGAGCACCCGUACGCCGGCCAGCCGCUGCUCCUGCAGACGGACCAGCAGAGCGACCUAGAGACCAUCCAGGCCGAGCUCUCCGCAUCCCAUCAGCCCCUGGGGCCGCAGGGCUCCGAGCCCCUCCGCCUGGGCUCCUGCGACGCGUCCCAGCAUGCCCUGCAGGACCCGCAGGACGGCGAGUGGACGCUGCAGACCACCUCCAUGCCCGAGUCCCUCUCCAUCCCGGCGUCCCUCAGCGAGGCGGGGCUGGUGCAGAUGAACGGCGAGGACCAGCUCCUGGCCGAGAAGACCCUGAUGGAGCUGCGCGGCGGCAAGCCCCUGCCGCACCCGCGGGCGUGGUUCGUGUCCCUCGACGGGCGCUCCAACGCACACAUCCGCCACUCCUACAUCGACCUGCAGCGGGCUGGCCGCAACGGCAGCAACGACGCCAGCCUGGACUCCGGCGUGGACAUGAACGAGCCCAAGCUGACACGCCGGGCGCGGGAGCGCAAGGCCCCGCCCACCACCGCCUACACCCAGUUGGUGUACGUGGACGACGUGGGGACGAACGGCAGCGAGAACGGGACGCCCGAGUGCAGUCCCGAGGACAAUGCCCUGGGGCCCCUGCUGCACGAGGCCCCGGGCCCCGAGGAGGAGGAGGAGGAAGAGGAGGCCCCUUCGCCCCUCCGGGACGCGGUAUUCAGGACUGAGCACGCCCAGGCACACCUCUGCCUUCCCAGCAGCCCCCCCGACGACGCUCCUGGCCAUGAUGACAGCGGGGAGGACGAGAACAAAAAGAGUCCCUGGCAGAAACGAGAGGAGAGACCGCUGCUGGCCUUCAAUCUCAAAUGAGCAGCUCUCGACCCCUGAAUCCUGACCUCCAACCCCUGACCAUUUGACAUGGACAGAACAUGGGAAAAAGUUGCCAAAUAUGGCAUUCAGAGAGUGCUGGCGAGAGAAAAACAAGCUGUCUCUAAGCAAAAAAAAAAAGAACAUUUAUGCACAACUGCUAUGCCUUUUUUGUAACUGUACAGACAAGCAAAAACGAGCUGUGGGUUGAAAGAGGAAAGGACUCAUAGCUUUAUAUUUGUGUAAGCUGCAGCUUCAUUGGAUAAUGUGACAUACCCUCCUUGUGACAUUCAUUAGCGCACAGGUGGUAUCAUUUGGACAUUGACCACACAGAAACGGAACACAAAGUGAGCGUGAGGCUUCAUUUCAAAGGGGUUCAAUAUUGUAACUCGAAGCUACGUGUUACUUUAAAAGAUGGCUAUGCAUUGCUUUUAUACAGCAGUAUCCUGUUGCUUACGAUGCCUUUUUUUUUGUCAUUUUCACAAGUAACUUUUGCGAUUUUAGUUGUGAACAUUUUAAAACUAUGAGUAUUUUACGUGUAGUAGUUUUUACGUUGCUUUUAAUUUUCUUUCUACCUUGCCUUAGAGUGAGAGGGAGAUCGAAACGUGACGCACGCCUUUUUACCUGAAACCAAACCAAACGCUGUGUACUGUCGGUCCUCGAGAAUCUACUUCCACGUCUUCCAAGUGCCUUGUUAAACGCUGAUCUUUCCAGACUUCCAGAUGAGGUCCCCCUCACCUCUCUCUCUCCAUCCACAAUGAGCCCAAUGCACCCUCACUGCUUCUCCUGGACUGCAUGCAGUAAACCAGCUAGUGACUUCUUCCUUUCCCAGCGUUGCCCUGUACGUCUCCACCCCUCCCAGUCUUCUGUCGUAAAUGUGGACUCCGUUUGGCGCUAGCUAGACUAGAACGUGUAUGAAGACGAUAGUGGACUGUACAUUAUUUUUGUUUUAUUUUUUUUCUUUUGCGUGCGUGCUUCGAGCCUGUGUCAGCUCUCGACUCUGUGCGCCUCGUCUCUCAACGGCGUGCUAAUGUAUAGUUCCUAAGUGUGAAAGCUACGUUUGUGAAUGGCACCAUCAUUUUUCUUUCUUUACCAUGGUAAACUGUGCUGGGAGAAGUAUACUCCACUCUGAAUGUUUAAAUCGGUUGCUUGUAUAAUA